AUGAAAAAAUUGAUUUAUAAAGUUUUGAUAAGUUUUUAUAAACAUGUCGGUUUAGGGAAAAAAUUCCAUCCAAGUUAUGAUACAGUGUUAAUUAUCGGUGGCUCCUCAAACAAAUUAGGAAUCGAGCUCUGUAAAACCCUUACUGAAGAGUAUCACACAAGAGUUAUAAAUGUUGAUAUUAUAGAUAAUCCUAUAUCAAGGAGUAAUACCAAACUGUACACUUUUAUUCCGUGCAAAGAUUUCAGUGAUAUCGAGUGCCUUGAAGAAUCCAUGCUUAACCUGCAACAGUUGGAUAUAUACCCUACAGUGCUCAUCAACAACAUGCAAGAGGGAAUAGAAUCUACUCUUAUCAAGGAAGACCAAUUUUUAAAACUUAAUGAAGAAUCAUUAUGUGAUUUCGAAAAAAUUGUGAGAUAUAACUUACAAAGCGUAAUAUUAAUAACCAAAUUCUGUAUAAGUAGUCUUUUUCCAAGAGAACAGAUUGGGGUCCCAAAAAAACCCAAAAGAUUUUACAUUGUCAACAUAUCAACGGUAUUGACAUUAAAACCGUCAAAAUCAGGCACACAUUUCAUUACCUCUAAAUGUGGUAUAAACUCCUUCCACGAUGGAAUAUCCUCUGAGCUUAACUUGAAGGAUAGUCAUUUAAAUGUUAAAACGCUACUCGCAUAUUUACCGAACUUUAAAAGCGAAGAACAUUGGGAAAAGCUUUCUCCGACCAUUUCAAAACGACUUCUACACUGUCUAAUUGAGGGAAGGUAUGGUGAUACCAUCCUCGAAAGCAGGAAGUCAAUUGGCGACAUUCUUUUGGUGGCUGAUUUCAGAAACCAAUUUACUUAG